GCUCGAAAGACAUACCCCAACAAAAUAGUAAAAGAUGGCGCUAUUACAGAUGAACAUACUGAUUGGCUCAUUGAUGCUUCUGUCUUCCUAUUUAGCAGUUGUGCAUGGUCUCCAGUGCUUCUCUUGUACUACUAUAGACAAUGAAGCCCCAUGUGGAGAUGCUAAGUUUGACCUGACUGUUGUCGUUGGUAAUACUACAUGCAAUGCAGCAAGUAAUUGUUGUGAAGGGAGAUACUGCACCAAAUCAAAGGGUCUUUCAUUAGGUAUUACAACUAUCACCAGGGGCUGUGCAAAUGCUGGGCCCUCCGACACUGCAAUAGCGACCCCCUCGUGUAAAAACACAAAGGCAAGCAGUUCUGGAGUUGAAAUUGAAUCAUGGCGCUGUAGCUGUACAGGAUCGGAUUAUUGUAACAGCGGAACAACUAUGACGCCAUCUAUAGUUAUCUUUAUUAUCGCAACGUUGAUUAUUUAACAUCAUGCUAAAAGACAGACGUACUUGUGUGGAUACAUGUAUGUAUGAAGAAAGGACAACUGUCUGUAUAUAGGUAUACUCUAAAAAGAUGUUCAAAAGAAAUGCCUCAUUUGAUGUAGAUCUGUAGAUGUAGAAAUGUAUUUUGAUGUAUAUAAAUUGAGGUCAAUUUUGUUUAAAUGUGUAUUUGGAAAUGUUACUUUUAUUGAAAUGUGUAUUUGGUAAUGUUAAUUUUAUUGAAAUGUAUAUCAGGCAAUGUCAGUUUUGUCAAAAAAUAAUGUAUAUAAAGAAAGGUCAAAUUUAUUUAAAUGUAGGCUAUAUCAAUUAACAAAGGUUAAUUCUGUUUAAAUGUAUAUCAUAUUAAUAAAGGCCAACAAUGUAUAAAGAUAUGUGGUGUUAACUUUGUGUUCAUGGAUUAAACAAUACACACAUAAACAUACCUAACAAAGCAUUGUAUGAAAGUCAUGUGAAAGAUAGCGGGCUAUAUCCACCAAUAUUGCUAAAUUACCGCGAUAUUGCCCCCUUACCUCAUUUUGAUAUGAGAUUCUUUAAUAACCAUUGCAAUGGGAGCAUGUAAUGCUUCAUUUCAAUCAAAUUUUACUCGCACGCAGAUGUGUGACGUCAUUGAUACAAAGAAGUUAUAGUAAUAAAGGUAUGUGAUACAUCAGUUAUGUCACCAUGACCUGAAACAUGCCUUCAUUUUUCCCAAAUAUAGAGCCUCCCAAGGUUGGCCUAUAUUGGGCAGGCCCGUAGCCAGCGAAAUCAUGCAGUUUUUCACCAUUCUGAGCAC